UGUGUCUAAAGUGAAUUUUAGUUAUUUUCGUUUAAAACGUGCUGAGCGAAGAAACUGUAAAUCAUUAUUGUGAGAAACGUGCGAACGGCAACAAUAUUCUCAAGUUCAAGAUUUGCUUUUUUGAAACUAAACACAAUUCUUUUAUUUUUUUUCUUCUGUUUAAACUAUUUUGUUAUACUGUUAUUGCUGCUACUGCUCCUGCUGCUGCUGCUGCUGCUGCUGCUGUUGUGCUGUUGUGUCGCAAGCGUAACAUCUGACUCGAUAAGGCGAUGCAUUAGAACAACACUUGACGAUUAACUGAAGAACGUGAAAAAUAAAACUGCUUUAAAUUAUAGGCCAGUUUAUGCAUAUAUGAUAUUCUAAAUAAAAAUCGACGAAAUGAGCUUCAGCGGGAAUUCGCAUUCAUCAAACGAAAACAAUGUUCGAAAACUAUCCUUUCUCGGCUUCAACACAAAAAAGUUUCACGGCAAUGAAGAUCCCGAUGAGGUGCUAUUGGACUCGGAAAUGGAAAAAGUAUUCGCCGGUCCGAGUACAUUAAAGGAGAAAUUCGAUGUAACAACAUUUCAAGAUACAGUCCAUCCAAUUGGUCCUUUUAAAAAUAAAAAUUCACAUCGAAAAAAUUUAGCCGGUGAUCUUAACAUAGAAGAAGACUCCGAAUAUGAAAAUCAUAAUGAACCGGUAAACGCACAAAACUAUGAUGACAUACCAGAGGAUUUCCCAUUAGUAUCUGAACGUGCUGGUCAUGGUGAUCAUUCUGAUACCUCAGCUGAUGAAAAGCAUGUGCAGUUUGGUAAAAAAAAAACUUCAGUUGCAAGCUUAAGUUACGAUGACCAGCCCAGCGAUAAUGUACAUGAACGCAAGCGAAGAAAAAGCCGUCAUCAGUAUUAUAGACAACGCAAAUUUUCCCAUCAAGACAGCGUGGAACCUAAGAAGACCACUGAGGAAAACGGCGAUGCUGGCACACAUAAGGUUUCAGCACCGGAAGAUUCUGCUUUGGAAGUUCUAUCAUCGGCCCCACAGGAAGCCGAUCUUAAUGAAUUAAGAUCACAUCGUUCGGAUGAUCCAAGAGCGUUGAGACGUCAUAAAAUCCACCAUUCAUCAAUUAAAUUAAGAGAAUUGCCACAAGUCAGCGUAGCUGGCUUGCAGCAUGCAAAAAAAGCUUUUGAUCAUAGUCCUCAUGAGAUAUUCGUGCAACUUGAUGAACUUAUAGGUACGGGCGAGGAACGUGAAUGGAAAGAGACCGCACGAUGGAUUAAGUAUGAGGAGGACGUGCAAGAAGGCUCUGAUCGUUGGGGUAAGCCACAUGUGGCUUCAUUGUCUUUCCAUUCGCUGUUGAAUUUAAGGCGUUGCUUGGAGACCGGCGUUGUACUAUUGGAUCUAAAUGAGAAAGACUUGCCAGCUGUCGCUUACCGCGUUGUCGAACAAAUGGUUGUUGAAGAUUUAAUCCACGUCAAUGAUAAACCGGCCGUUAUGCGCUCUUUGCUUUUGCGUCAUCGUCAUGUCAAUGAACAUCAAAGUGUUUUACCUUUUACCAAACGAAAAUACAAUAGCUAUACCAGUUUACAGUUGCUUUGGAUGAAUACCGAUAGCCAGCAUUUGCAACAACGCGCCCGUCUAAAUGGUCUAACGGCGGCAGAUCCAACUGCUGCAUGUCGAACGCGACGUUCGGUUUGUGAAACUCUCAGCGCACCACCGACAACCAUAACACUAGAUUCGACUUCAACGUGCCGUCGCCACUCAACGCUUUCCUAUAUGGGUAAUUUGUCUGGCGAUGAGAAGAAAAUCAAAAUUGUGCCCGCCCUUGAAAUAUCCGGUAAUAAGAAAAAUAAUGAAUUGAAAAUUGAUAUGAAAGACGACUUAUGCACAUCAUCGCAAGAGGACUUAAAGAAGUUACAAAACGAUACAAUACUCAAACGCAUACCAUUGGGUUCUGAAGCCACAACAGUACUGGUAGGUGCUGUGGAUUUUUUGGAACAACCGACCAUAGCAUUUAUACGUUUAGCUGAGGGUAUACCAAUGCCAAGUUUGACCGAAGUGCCAAUUCCAGUACGUUUUAUGUUUAUUUUGUUGGGUCCACCUACUCUUGAUUUAGAUUAUCAUGAAGUUGGCCGCUCGAUAGCCACAUUAAUGGCCAACGAAUCGUUUCAUGCUAUCGCUUAUAAGGCCGAUGAUCGCAAAGAUCUUUUAUCGGCCAUUAAUGAAUUCUUAGAUGAUUCGAUCGUUUUACCGCCCGGCAAUUGGGAUCGCCACGAUCUAUUGCCGUUCGAAGAGUUGAAAGCGAAAAAGGAUUGGAUACGUUCACGCAAAACCAAAGCAUUACAAAUAAAGAAAGAGCUUAAGGAAAAAGCGAUUAACAAAGAGAUUUGCAAAGCUUCGGUAGAGAAAAAAGCCGACAAAGAUGAUGACGGUGGUGAUAAGAAGAAAGCAAAUCCUUUGGAGAAGACAAAUUGCUUUUGGGGUGGUUUACGCAAUGAUCUCAAACGUCGCCUGCCCAUGUAUAAGAGCGAUAUAUUAGAUGGUCUUAACAGCGAAACUGUAGCGGCUACGGUAUUCAUGUACUUUGCUUGCCUAUCGACAGCUAUCACAUUUGGCGGCUUGGCUUCCGAUAAGACACACAAUUUGAUUGGUAUUUCGGAGACGUUGUUAAGCGCCUCCGUAGUCGGUGUAGUAUUUCAUUGUCUAGCCGGUCAACCAUUAGUAAUUAUCGGUACAACCGGUCCACUGUUGCUGUUCGAUGAAGCCUUAAAUAAUUUUUGUAAGGAGAAUAACAUUAACUUUUUGACAAUUCGUGCAUACAUUGGUACAUGGCUGGCGAUUAUUUCCAUAUUAGUUUCGGCAUUUGAAGGUAGUGUCUACGUGCGUAUGCUGACUCGUUUCACGCAGGAGAUAUUUUCGGCCCUGAUUACUCUUAUUUAUAUUGUGGAAACCAUUAUGAAAUUGGUGUCCGUUUACAAGAGGCAUCCCUUGUUGGCCGAUUACAAUUUACCGCCUCCAACCAUCAUGAACUCGAAAUUGAUAUUAGGGAAUGAAAGUGAUAGCAUUGCUUUAACGCAGGACGAUAAUGCCACACUGGGCGCAUUCGUUACCGAGAUGCAUUUUACACAUGAGGAGCCAUUAAAUAUGCCAAAUACAGCAUUGUUUUCUACGAUACUUACGCUCGGCACCUUUACAAUAGCCUAUUAUCUGAAAUUAUUUCGUAAUUCGCAUUUUCUGGGCCGCAACGCAAGACGAGCUUUAGGGGACUUCGGUGUACCGAUUGCGAUCACGAUUUUUGUGACUGUUGACUACUUUAUACCGGAAGUUUACACUGAAAAACUUAGUGUGCCCGAGGGUAUAUCGCCCAGCGAUCCCGAUAGCAGGGGUUGGCUGGUUACGCUGGGAUUAAUUGAGACUUGGAUACCAUUUGUUGCUGGCGUGCCGGCUCUCUUGGUCUAUAUACUCAUUUUUAUGGAAUCGCACAUUUCUGAAUUGAUAGUCGAUAAGCCGGAACGUGGACUUAAAAAGGGUUCUGGCUUGCAUCUUGAUAUUGUCUUGCUGUGCUGCUUAAAUGCAUUCUGCGGCUUUUUCGGGAUGCCUUGGCAUUGCGCUGCCACCGUCAGGUCCGUGGCCCACGUCUCUGCCCUGACCAUUAUGUCCAGAACCCACGCUCCUGGUGAAUCGCCUCGUAUCAUCGACGUGAAAGAGCAGCGUGUUUCUGGUUUUUGUGUUUCAUUAAUGAUUGGACUUUCUGUUACUAUGGCACCUUUAUUGCGCCUUAUACCGAUGGCUGUGUUGUUCGGUGUUUUUCUUUACAUGGGAAUUGCCUCAAUGAGUGGUGUACAAUUUUUCGAUAGAGUAAGACUGUUUUUUAUGCCCGUAAAACAUUACCCACCCACGCCGUAUGUAAAGCGAGUUCCUACUUGGAAAAUGCACAUGUAUACCGUAGUACAAGUUGUUUGUUUGGCAAUAUUAUGGGCUGUGAAGUCAUCAAAAAUCUCUUUGGCUUUUCCAUUCUUUCUAAUAAUGAUGGUGCCCAUACGACAAAAGCUGGCAGCUCUCUACAAGCCGCAAGAAAUGCAAGCGUUGGAUGGUAGUGAAGCUAAUGCGGACGAAGAUGAACCUGACUUUUAUGAAGAAGCAACCAUUCCAGCAUAAAACCAAUUGCACAAAAACGCACUAGUGAAUGCUCUUUGCAAAUGAUCUAAGAUACUUAAAAGACAGUAAAGAAGAAAACAAAAGAGAAAAACAAAUUAUUAUGAUAUAUGAUAUAGUUAGGCAUGUAUGUACUUGAAAUUGGCGCAAAUUACAUAAUUUUAUAAGGUGAACAAUUUGAGAAUUAAAACAAAAAACAAAAAAAGAAGAAGAAAACAAUCGCUGUAGCGUAAUGGAAAUUGUUGUUAUGCAUAAAUCUGCGAUUAUAAUUUUAUAGAACAAUUACUUCAUUAUUAAUUAUGUGUUUAUACGAUAUAAAAAAAAA